AACCAACACGUUUUUGGAAACCAUGGCGGAUGUACAAAGGAAAAGGGGUGCAUUUAUCGUUUUAGAAGGAUGUGACCGGACAGGCAAAACGUCUCAAUGUAAACAGCUAGUUGAGACACUUAACCAAGCAGGUGUCCAAGCCAAAUAUAUGAAUUUUCCGGAUAGAUCUACCCGUAGUGGAGAGCUGAUAAACGCGUAUUUAACAAAAAAAGGUGACUUCACAGACGAGGGGAUUCAUUUACUUUUUACGUUGAAUCGUUGGGAACGUACCAAAGAAAUGGAAGAGCUACUACGAUGUGGGGUUAACUUAAUCGUAGAUAGGUAUUCAUUUUCAGGAGUAGCUUUCACCAGCGCGAAAGGUCUGGAUAUAGAAUGGUGCAAAGCACCUGAGUCGGGCCUUCUAAAGCCAGACUUGGUUCUCUUGCUUACAUUGUCACCAGAAGCAUUAUCAAAGCGAGGGGGUUUUGGUGAUGAACGUUACGAAGUGCCAGAGUUCCAGAAAAAAGUAAUUGAAAAAUAUUUAAUGCUGAAAGACGAUCGGUAUUGGAAAGUAAUUGACGCGGACAAAAAUUUUGAUGAUCUUGCAUCUGAUCUGUGCAAAGAAGUGUUAUUAACGAUCGAUAAAUCGGGAAACAACCCUAUAGAAAAGUUGUGGUAA